GUGGUGCUGGGAGUCUCGUGUCCGUGGUGCCGUUACUCGAAGUCGGGCGGCGGCUGAGGCUCAGCGCACAACGCAGGUAGCGCGUUAGCAGCAGCAGCGGAGGCAACUCGGCGGUCACAGCCCCUGCGCUGGUGCAGCCACCCUCGCCUGCUCCGUUCUUCCUUCCUUCGCUCGCACCAUGGCUGAUCAGCUGACUGAAGAGCAGAUUGCUGAAUUCAAGGAAGCUUUCUCCCUAUUCGAUAAAGAUGGUGACGGCACCAUCACAACCAAGGAACUGGGGACUGUCAUGCGGUCACUGGGUCAGAACCCAACAGAAGCCGAGCUGCAGGAUAUGAUCAAUGAAGUGGAUGCUGAUGGGAAUGGCACCAUUGACUUCCCAGAGUUCUUGACUAUGAUGGCUAGAAAAAUGAAAGACACAGAUAGCGAAGAAGAGAUCCGCGAGGCAUUCCGAGUCUUUGAUAAGGAUGGAAACGGUUACAUCAGUGCAGCAGAACUGCGCCACGUCAUGACAAACUUAGGAGAGAAGCUAACAGAUGAAGAAGUAGAUGAAAUGAUCAGAGAAGCAGAUAUUGAUGGAGACGGACAAGUCAACUAUGAAGAAUUCGUACAGAUGAUGACUGCAAAAUGAAGACCUACUUUCAACUACUUUCCCCCUCUAGAAGAAUCAAAUUGAAAUCUUUUACUUACCUCUUACAAAAAAAGAAAAAAAAAAAAGAAAAAGUUCAUUUCUUCACUCUGUUUGUAUCUAGCGAAGCUGAAUGUCAGAAGCACCUUCUGUCCACACACAAAGUCUGCAUGUAUUGGUCGGUGGUCCUGCCCCUAAAGUCAAGCCCUACAUCAGUUUUACAGUAUAAAUACUCGUACUACCUUAUAAGGAAGCACUUAGUGGACUCCUUAAAGUUCCAUUUGCUAAUGAUUAAUACACUGUUUGGGCUGGCCAGUUUCUCAUGCAUGCAGCUUGAUGAUUGAGCACAGUCAGGCAUUUGUAUUAAAACUGAAAAAUGGAAAAAACAAAUUCAAAAUCUCAGAUGGCUUCUAGUUCAAUCUGUUCAGAUAAAUUGUCAGCAGCCAGUUUACUGCAAGCAAACAUUUAAAAUUGGUUUACCUCAGG